CCAGGGCUAGAAGCCUUUUUGGCUAGAGCUGGUGUAGGCUGUAAGCUCUACUUUCUCUUACAUUUACAUGGAGACAAAACAGAGGGAACAAAGUCGAUUAAUCAGAGGUUAUUUUUUGUGUUUUAUAAGAAUUUGAAAGUUUACUCGGGCUCUUAUUUUUGAAAACUUAAACCGGAAGUUUGGGAAAACAUUCAACCCGGAAAUGAUCGACCGGGUUGAACUGUGGUUGCGAAUACUUCAAUGUUGACACGUGUGUAGCUGUCAAAGAAGCCUUUAGCCACAUGCCAUUGAAUUGGUUCUGGUGAGUGUUACAUGGGACAGAAUGGCUGAUGCGUUCAGUAGCAGCUCGGAAACGGUGCUUCAGCGAGUGAUAGACGUUUCAUUAAAGACAAACACCCCUGGGGAGAAACUUGAAGAGCUGUAUCAGAUCAAGGAGACAUGUGACUUCAUCAGUGAGCGUCAGUUUAAAAAGGUUGCUCUGCAGUUUCCUGAUGAGUUGCUGGUGGACUCAGUUGCAAUUGCAGCAGAGAUCGAGAGGAACUGUAAAGCAACUCCGUUCAUCUUAGGAGAUACAUCCUAUGGCAGUUGUUGCGUGGAUGAGGUUGCUGCAGAACAUGUUGGAGCUGACUGCAUCGUGCACUACGGCAGCACCUGUCUCAGCCCGUCCACUCGGCUCCCUCUGAUGUACGUGUUUGAGAGAAGAGUGCUGGAUCUGGAGAAGUGCUCGUCUUCCUUCAGGGAGCUCUACCCAGACAUACAGAGUCACGUUAUCAUCCUCUAUGAUGUCAACUAUGUUCACGCAAUGAAGGAUCUUCACACCCUCCUCUCACCUGAGUAUCCGAACCUGGUCGUCUCAGAGCUUGUUGCAGAGGGGGAGCAGUGUUACACUCGCGGCUGCAUUAAAAGUCGGUGUGAUGACAGCAGUGUGUCAGAGGGUGACAGCAGUCUUUAUCUGUCGUUUGGGCGCCAGUUCUCGUUAAAAAGUGGAUCAAACGUGAAGGAUUACAGUAUGUUCUAUGUAGGGCGGGAGGGCUCCACCCACAACUUCAUGAUGACUUGGAAUCGCUGCUCUUUCUCUUCUUUUGACCCUGUUACAACAACAGGGAGGACUGAGUCAGUGAGCAUUAACAGAGCACUGAUGAAGCGAUAUUACGCUAUAGAAAGAGCUAAAGAUGCUAACGUGGUUGGCAUCCUGGUUGGCACACUGGGUGUGGCUGACUACCUGACCGUCAUCCAGCAGCUGAAGGAGACAAUCCGCCGAGCCGGAAAGAAGAGCUACAUGUUUGCUAUGGGGAAACUCAACGUGCCCAAACUGGCAAACUUUCUGGAAAUUGAUAUUUUUGUGUUGAUAGCGUGUCCUGAGAACUCACUACUGGACUCCAGUGAGUUUUAUAAACCUGUAGUGACACCGUUUGAGAUGGAGGUGGCCUGCAACAAGGACAGGGAGUGGUCAGAGGAAUAUGUCACAGACUUUAGACACCUGCUUCCAGGUGGGCUGAGUCACAUUCCUCUGGCAGAUCAGCAGGAGGAGGAGGAGGAUGAGACAGACGUUUCGUUAAUCACAGGAGCUCUACGCAGCCACAACCUGUUGAUCAGCACGCCUGCAGAGUCCUCGUAUGGCUCCUCUGUGGUCCUCAGGAACCAGACUAUGACUGUGGCCAACACAAACUCAGCUGCAUCUUUCCUGGCAGAGCGGAGCUGGCGGGGUUUGGAGCAAAAGUUGGGGGAGACCCCGGUGGUGAAGGCCGUCAAGGGCAGGAAAGGAAUAGCUAUCGCCUACGAGGAGGAGGGAACGUCUUCAUCAUGAUUUAAAUACACAAAGACUACAGCUGAUUAUUUAAUAAUACCGGCCUGCACUUUGAGCUACUCACUAUAUAUUGCUGGUAAUUGUUCUUGAAUGUAAGUAAUGAUUAAACCUUUUCAUAUAUUCA